GCAUGGAAUAAUACUAUGAAACUGGUUUUAUUUGAAGAUAGGUUUUACCAAAGCUGAGCCAGAUUUCAUUGGUGUGCUCAGAAUCGGUCUGGCGUUCAAAUAUGGCAAACGACACAAAUCAACAGAGGACCUGGCUUUCAAUGAGAUCAUUUUUCACUCACUUCCAUUUUUAAACCCAUUGCUUUUUUGUCUCUCACUUGAAAUCCACGGCUUAAGCCAGCGAUCUUUUUCUUUUCGUUUUGUCUACACUUCUUUUUUACUACCUUUCAUAAUUGCUGCUGUUGUGUUGACCUCUCUAAUCUCUCCCCCUCCCCAUUCACCCACACGCAAUCAUGGACUUCGCCUUACUUUCAAAGUAUGACGAUCUGUUCACAGACAUCUUUCUUGAUGCACUUUUUCUAUGGUUCAAUACUGUGAAAAUGAAUACUGACCAUCGACGGCCACGUAUACCUGCCAACAAAGUGCUUGAUAUUAUUCAGCGCAACGUCCUGCACAAAGGCAAGCUGAAUGACGCUGUUAACGAAUUCCUAGCCAUGGAGUACUUCAAGAGCUAUUUAGCCAACAAGACGCCAAGGCAGCACCUAGAGUUUGUUCAACAUAUGAAGCGUUAUCUGUCCAUGUAUCUACCAAACGCAGGGUAUGAAAUCAGUGAAACCAAGCGAUACAGUACAACCAAACGUACAGAGGCUUGUGUCAUAGCGACGAAGGAUUGGAUGGUUGGUGACGAAUUGAGACUAUGUACUGGCGCCAUCGCUUCUUUGAACGCAAAAGAUGAUGCGGAAUUGAAACUAGGUGAUAGAGAUUUCAGCGUCAUGUAUUCAACUCGCAAAGGUUGUAGUUGUUUGUUCCUCGGUCCUGCCCGUUUUUUCAAUCAUGAUUGUGAAUCCAACUGUAAAUUCAUUGCAAGUGGUCAGAAUGGCAUUACAUUCAAACUGAUCAAGAAUGUCAAAUGCGGUGAGGAAUUAACCACUUUCUAUGGAACGCACUAUUUCGGAGAGAAUAAUUGUGAGUGCCGAUGUGUCACUUGUGAAAGAAAUGGUCAAGGUGCCUUUGCCGAGGAGAAAGACACAGAUGUAUCCGAAGAUCCUGUUUUCGAAAAUCAAAAUCGCCGAAGUGGACGUAAGCGAAAAUCGGCAAAUUAUGAAGAAUAUGACGUUGAGCCUCUGUCACCUAAAAGAGCCUGCGCACCGAGCGCACCAUUCGCUUCUCGGGAAUCUAGUGCCACUAUAUCUGAUCUGUCCGAUAAUGAUUUUGAGCAAACCCCCACGAAGGAACAUGAGCAACACAGCGAAACCACAUUCAAAGUAGAACCACCAAGUCCGACGGUUCACAAUCAACCACUUGUUAUGUCUAUUGGGUUUUUGUGUUCUGAAGAAGAAAAAGCGAAAAAGGAAGCUGCUGCUGCUGCUGCCGCCGCCGCCACUGCAACAACUUCUAUCACGACUGUUGUUGCUGUGGAUCAAAAAUCAAGCGCACCUCGGGCAUCCAGUCACCAGCGUGUCCAUUCUGGUAGUCCUCUUGAUUUGUUAUGUGAUGCCAUUAUGGAUGUGGAAUUUAUGCAGGCACAAAGUCAACGUGUGGCUGCUGCUGCAACACCCAAUUUCAUUCAACCGACCAAGGAGAUGGUGGAGCCUGUGAAGCAAGAAGCCAAGGAAUCAGAGCACAUGCGAGAUAUCGAAGCUUUCGAAGAUUCCCUGUUUGACGAUGUCUUGUCCAAUUUUGAUGAAUUUGAUGAUGCUCUGUAUCAUCAAAUGAACGACCAUCCAUGAGUAGGGAAUCGUCAAAUAAAUGGAUGAUGGCUCGUAGACGAGGAUCAAAGCAGGAACUUCGAUGUCUCGCAUGUGACAAACCAUUGGCACAGAAGGAAUCCACUGACGCCAGUGACCCUGUAGCUACUGAAUUAGCCACUUGGACGUGGAGCCCCAGCGCUGUUUUCAUUGAC